AAAGUAAUCCAAAGACAGCAGCCUCCACCACCACCAGCUCGCUCUACUCUGUUCCCCGCACUCUUGGGUUCCAGCUCGCCUCCACCAGUGCCGCCGCCGCCGUCUUCUCAUCCGUCGCCGCCGUUCCCGUCGCGGUCAGCAGCAGCAGCAGCAGGCCGGGUACGGGAUGGGGAAGAGGAAGAAGGGGGAGGAGGAGGAGCAGGCGGCGGAGAGGAUCCCCAGCGACCUACUCCCGGAGGUCCUGGCGCGGGUGCCGUACCGGUCCCUCUGCCGCUUCAAGUGCGUGUCCACGGCCUGGCUGGCGCUCUGUUCCGAUCCCGCCGUCCGCAGGAGGUCGCCGCAGACGCUCUCCGGCUUCUUCUGCUACCCGCAUAUCGACGGUGUCAGCGGCCGGCGCGACGAGGGCCUCAGCUUCCUCAACCUGUCCGGGAGGGGCCGGCCGCUGGUCGACCCCUCUCUCCCUUUCUUGGGGAACUACAAGAAUGUCAUUCUCCUAAACUGCUGCGCCGACAUUCUCCUCUGCCAAGGCUGGAAUAGAACCACGCAAGUUCCGGAAUACUUCGUGUGCAACCCUGCGACCGACAAGAUCUGGGCAGUGCUGCCUGCGCUUGAUGUGCCAGAGCCUCAAGUUCCCUACAUCUACAUGGUGGGCCAACAUGUAACCUGGAGCUGCAAGUUCUGUUUGUGUUUCAACCCCGCCGUUCCCUCUCGCUUUGUGGUUUUCGCGUUCGUUGAGAGAGGCCACACCAUAGUGGCAGUAAGGGUCUACUCAUCGGAUACCGGAGAAUGGACUUCCACAGAGAGCGGUGGCCAUAUCGUGGCAUAUGGUGGUGAACAACUAUAUGACUUUUUCAAUGAUACCCUGUAUUUCAGAGCCUAUGAUCAUGGAGAUGGCAGGUUCUAUCCCAGGGGGAGACUAAUACCCUCAAUAUUUACAGUGAACACGGACGGGGAUACUUGGAGGAGAAUUCCAAUGCCACCCGAAGUUCAUUUUUCUUUCAUUGGGCACUCUCAGGGACACUUAUACGGUAUGGGCAUAGAGCAUGUUAAUGAUUGCGUGCUAUCGGUUUGGGCUCUCAAGGAUUAUCCCAGUGGAAAGUGGACCUUAAAACAUACUGCCAGCAUCUUGAAACUGGUAGGAAGGUCUUAUCGUGAGCUCGGUGAACAAUAUAUGGUGGCUGCGGUCCAUCCAGAAUGUAACCUGAUCUUCCUUGUUGGUUGGAUGAGAUCGCAAGAGACACUUAUGUCGUAUGAUAUGGAUAGUCAGAAACUGAACGUUAUCUGCACUCUUGACGAUUACCACAUGUCAACGCUCCGACCUUACAUUCCCUGCUUUGCGGAAUGGCCGCCGUCAGAUGCUCACUGAAUCCGAGAGCAGCUUCACAUUUGCUAAGUUGGCAUGGCUCCUUCAUGGAAACCUGUUGUUGGGUAUGGUCCAGAUCUUCUAGCUUUGGCCACAUCAAAGGAGAUAAUGUCUUGAUUCUUCCACUCUACCAACUUUGAGUGUGUUUUCAUGCUCAGGAUUUCAGAAUGACAACAAAUAGCUGGAAUUUCCUGCCUGCGUGAUGCACUUAAAAAGCAAAAUUACUUCUGAUGUCGAGGUGAGGUAAUCUUUCACUUGUUCUACUCACAGUGCUGUGAGGUAAGUCGGUUACUUGCAGUUAAAACUUCACUUUACAUCCAGAUUUGUGUUUUUGAGUUUGGAUCCAGUGACCAUAGUUUUCUGUUCUCCUUUUCUGGCAACAACUGGGAGCUCUGAAAAAGUUGGACACCAACAGAUAACAUAUAAAUGAAUUGGUCAAUGGAUGAAAAUAAAUUUCCAAUUUAAUCCUGAAGUUACAUUAUAGUUGUUCAGGUAAUGUCAUUUUAAUUGUUUGAGCCUGAAGCUCAUACACGAGCUUUAGCUUUGAGCUGACUUUCCCCUGUUAUUCAUCGAUUAUGAUGUUCCCAUCUCUGAAUUUUAGGAGAUAAGCAAUGUCUUCUUUUGUUUUCCGUUGCCUAAGGCUGACCAUGGGAUAUGUUCCGCACCAUGGUGACUAUUGCAUCUCUAAUAGUUUGCAUUUCCAGUAUGCUUAUGACAAGCUUAAUUUGAAAACAGAAUCAAACAACAUGUACACAAAAUUACAAAAGACACCUCAAAUAAAGCAAAUAAAGUUGAUGUACAUUGACUACCAAUAGUACAAAGCAGAACGCAAGGAUUGUUACUUUAGAAUUUCAAGAGAGAUCAACCAAUACAAUAAUAAGCAUGCAGAAUGCCACGAUAACAUUAAAAGGCAUAAUUUGUCUGAUAACGGUGGCCACAAUCUUCCAUUUUGCAACAUUCCUUCUCGCAUUCUAGAAGUUGACUUCUGUCAAUACUCAAGCUUUGAUGUGGACUUCUUGUUACAGUGAGUAAUCUCUACAAAGUGAUUUGGCCUUAGUGGGAGCUGAACUGGGAAAUGUACCUAACUGCAUUUUAAUAAGAGAAUUGCUUGUCUGGCAAAACAUCAGUUUUAUAGAGGAUGCGGACUACAUAGUACCUGCAUAUUUGCUCUGCCAUUGUGUAUCCUCUUGACAGGAGUGGUAUUGGAGCUAGCCUUUUGAUAUAUAAUAAAGCAAAAACAAGCAUGUAGUAGAUAAAGUUUUAAGAAGAAUAUUUUUUUACUGUUCUCGUAUCCUCCCUAGCUGUAUACUUUUGAGAAACGACAAAUCUGAUAUUUUGUACAUGUGCCUUUUCGAGAAUGUUUUCUGACUUUGUAGAAACUUCACUUUUCAUAGGAGCAUGUGCAAUGAGGCGGCGAAAAAUAUGCAGUAGGGAGGAAUAUGCAGGCUUCUAGUACUAGGGCAGAGCAUAAGCAUAGCCUACGAUUUCCCGUGUGAGAAAAGCUUGAUCAGGUGGCUGAUGAACCUGUCUCCUGAAAUAGCUUCAUCUAGCCUGAUACAGCCCCAAACUUCUAAUCUUAGACAGGGACAAGAAUGGCAUAUAGAUCAUAUAUUUUAGCAGAGCUGCCCCCCACAUCGUCCAUCCCAAUCAUUAUAAAAUGCAAGGGAGAAUGGUAUAUGAUUCUCGCUGUAUAUAGUGGGUUGGCACCCAGAAAAACCAGAUGCAGACCUUUGCAUCACUCUGGUAUCGAAUUACCACAAUUUAAUUGAGGUCAAUUUAUGCUUGUGUUAUUUUAGCACCGUUAAAUUUCCACCGUCGAGAAGGGAUCAACUGGGUCCCAUUUCUGAAAGCAAUUAGGCAUAUGUACAAAGGUUCCAACCUUUGCUCCAAGCAAACCUAGAGUAGAAGUUGGUUAUGAGAAAGCUCACCAUAAAUAAAUAUAAAAGAUUGCCGUUGUCUUGUUUCAGCAAAAAAUAUUUCUAUUGUCAAACAAUGUAAGGUGACUGAGUUUCGCAUUUGAUGACAAAACACACUCAAGCUUUAGAUUCAUUCCAGCAAGAUCUUUUAACCAUUUGCGCCAGUGAAAGUAAGAAGAGAACCAUAUGAUGUCUAUAAGACUUGAAAUACUCUGCUUUAUAUAAGCACUUAUGUUGCUACAGAGUACUUAGGUCUCAGGAAUAUGUACCUUCAUGAAGAGUGCACCACGUUUAUGCUGCAAGCUGCCUUGCAUUUCAGCCGAUAUGGUUCCCUAAUCGAUGCUGAUUGGGUAUCGGCUCUUGAUAGGUACUCCUGGCAAAAUAGUCACUCUUCCUUGGCUCUAUAUCCUGAUUGUAUCCUGAAACAAGUUGCGGUAUACAAUUCUUUCCGCACUGAAAUUCCACCAGCAGAAAUGGUUUCUGAAAGUCCAUGGAUUAGUGAUACUUGAGCAUGCAAGUCGUGCCAAUUCGUGGGCAGAAGAAAGCAGUGGGCAUUAAUACUCCAUGCAACAAGCAGGGAAAUUCUUGGUUGGCUGUAAAAUGGGAUCAAAGGGAGAGGAAACAACAUUUGAUUAUUUUUGUUCCCUCUCCACUGUCAAAGAUGCAUCUUAUCAACCUUUGCAUGAAAUGGUUCCAGAUUCUCUUGUCAUGACAGCUGCAGUGAGCACGGUGUGAAAAAACCGCACUGUCGUGUGAUCAAUGCAGAUUCCAGGGAUUGUUCGACAUAUAUUCCCUUCUUCAGUGCUUCAGGCCUCCACUAUAAAUACAGCCAAAUGGGGAUGUGGACUUCAUACACUUCCUUACGUCUAAGAUCAUACAAACUAAAGCAUCACCUAGUGCUCUUGUUGCAGAGACAACAGAAGCCAUGAGCUAUUAUGGAAGCAGCUCUUCUGGUGGCAGGGGUGGCCGUCGAGUCGAGUAUGGGAGGAGCUAUGUGGUGAGGCCAAAGGGACGGCACCUAGCCACCAUUGUGUGGCUCCAUGGCCUAGGUGACAAUGGUGCAAGCUGGUCCCAGCUCCUGGAUGCUCUUCCCUUGCCCAAUAUCAAGUGGAUAUGCCCCACCGCAGCGACCCGGCCCGUCGCGGCUUUUGGCGGCUUCCCCUGCACUGCAUGGUUUGACGUUGAUGACACUUCGGUCGAUGGUCGCGACGACAUCGAGGGGCUGGAUGCUUCAGCUGCACACAUAGCGAACCUACUGUCCUCCGAGCCUUCUGAUGUGAAGCUUGGGAUCGGCGGUUUCAGCAUGGGUGCAGCAGCUGCCCUGCACUCGGCAGCAUGCUACGCUCAUGGCAAGUUCAGCAGCGGCACCCCCUACCCGAUCACUCUCAGCGCAGUCGUCAGCUUGAGCGGCUGGCUCCCUUGCUCAAGGACACUGAGGGGCAAGAUGGAGGGCUCACACAUGGCAGCAAGAAGAGCCGCCUCCCUGCCCAUCCUGCUCAGCCAUGGCAGAGCGGACGAGGUCGUGCCCUACAGGAACGGGGAGCGGUCGACCGAGUUCCUGCGGUCCUCGGGGUUCUCGUAUCUGACUUUCAAGUCCUACAACGGGUUGGGCCACUACACCAUCCCCGAAGAGAUGGACGACGUCUGCAGGUGGCUCAGCUCGCGGCUCAGCGUCGACCGAUCUCGUUAAAGAGAACAGCGCUUCUGUCAUUCUGCGUGUGCGCGCGACGCAGUGGCUUCCCUAGUAGCAUAUAGCAGAGUGUAAACUUACUAUAGAGAGGUGAAUGCUGGUUUGGUAGCUUGUGACAGCACCACAUGCCCCUGAUCUCUACAGGCUGCCACUGCUGCUCUAAGCAAGCAACCAUGAGUGCUGUGUAGUAAACUGGUGAAGGUGUGAGAGCAUAUUUAUCAGAAUUAUGUAAUGUAACCAGUGCUUGUUUUGUAAUGCAAAAAUAACCAUCUAUACAGAUCAUACUAUUCA